CUUAAAAUAUCACCAUUCAAAGUGUCACCAUUCAAAGUGUCACCAUUCAAAGUGUCACCAUUCAAAGUGUCACCAUUCAAAGUGUCACCAUUCAAAGUGUCACCAUUCAAAGUGUCACCAUUCAAAGUGUCGCCGUUCAAAGUGUUACAUCUUCAGUGUUAUUAUCAUCAAUUAUACUAA